GAGGUAUUCCGACAGUGCAAGCGCGAGAGCAUCCUCCAAGCUCGGUGUCUGUCUCGUGUCAUUCAGCUCUGCUUUCCAUUCGCCACAAGGUCAGAUCUCUGACUGUAGGCAUAUGACGCCCAGUCUGAGAAUCCCCCUGUACAACCUGAACAAAUCAUGUCUGAGUCCUCCGAUUUCCUACUCGCGAGGUGGAUGGGUUUUCGCUGACGACGAUAAUCAAUAGCACGCGCUUAUCCAGUGCUCCGCCAGCGCGCACCCCCUCCCACCCCUCAUCCUCUCCCAGCAGCACGCACUUCUCUCGCGCAGAACAACCAAGGCACUUCUUGAGGAAGGACCGUCUGAUCGUUGCUCAGCGGACAGGAGUGAAGAACUCACUGGGGCAAGGAUACGUCUUUACGAGCUGUAUUCAGGGGCUUUGCUCUCUCAAUAAACAGGGGGAAACAAGCAGGGGAGGAUAAAAUAAAGAGUGUGUGUAAAUCCAUGCAGACAGGCUUGUAGACUACCUGUAAGGAGUGAAAGUGUUUAACUGUGUCCUGGAGGAAAGAAGACGCAGUGGUUUCUGUACUAGGCUACCAUCCUUGCGCAGGGUCACACAGAGCUCUCGCAGACUACACCACAGCCCGGUGAAGGGUCCGUGAUGAAAGUCUUGUGGGGGCGUUUCGGCAUGGCACAUUGGGGUUUUUGGUGGAUCUUGUUGGGGCUGUGGAGGCCCGGUACGGCGUGCCCCACGUUUUGCACUUGCACGAGCACACGGAUCUCCUGUUCUGACCAGGGGCAUUGGAUAACAGGUUUUCCCCAUCUCCAAACGGAGGCUGACAUGGACAACAUCACUGACAUAUACCUUGCCAAUCAAAGCAGCUUAUUUGCCAUCCAUGCCAAAGACCUGGACCUGUACCACAACCUCAGAAACCUGACGGUAAUUAACAGCAAGCUGAUGAAUGUGUCCAGUCUGGCUUUCCGGAACAACCCGAAACUACAGCAUUUGAACUUCAAAGACAACAACCUAUCCACUAUGUCCUGGAGGACACUGCACAAUCUCAAUAUCUCCAGCCUUGUGCUGGCAGGUAACCCACUGCAGUGUUCGUGUGAAAACCUGUGGCUGGGAGAGGAGCCUGAUCUGCACUGUGUGGGUGAAGACGGACAGAAGAGAAUCCUCAGCGCAAACACUGUCCCUGACUGUGUGGCCCCCACUGCACUGCUGAGUCCCACCAACAUGACGGUGGAGGAGGGCUCCAACAUCACACUUGUCUGCAAAACCUCAGGGAGGCCACGGCCAGAUAUCAUCUGGGCUUUAAGUCCGGAGAUUACUGACCAUAAGACAUCGCUCACACCUGGAUUUGAACAGUCCAGCCAGGCUGCAUGCUGCAGUCUAAAAUGUGCAGUGUCGGAGCCCUCAUAUUAUGAAAUUGGUACAGAGUCCCCCACAGGUGAAACAACAAUGGAACAACGCGAGGACAGAGUUGUGUAUGUGGUGGUGGGCAUCGCCGUGAUAACAUUCGUACUGAUUGUGCUGAUGCUUGUCUUCCUGAAGUUCGGACGCAACUCAAAGUUUGGAAUCAAAGGCACCUCUUCAGUGAUCAGUAAUGAGGAUGACUCUGCCAGUCCUCUUCAUCAUGUGUCGGGAGGCUCCACUACCCCCUCCUCCUCUGAGUUGGGUCCAGAGCCCGUGGUCAUUGGCUUGACCAAGAUCCCCGUCAUCGAGAACCCUCAGUACUUCAGCUCCAGUAACAUGCUCAAGACAGACACCUUUGUGCAACACAUCAAGAGGCACAGUAUUGUGCUGAAGAGGGAGCUUGGGGAGGGGGCCUUUGGGAAGGUCUUCCUCGCUGAGUGCUACAAUCUCACCCCAGAGCAGGACAAGACACUGGUAGCUGUGAAGACACUGAAAGAGGCCAGUGAGAAUGCUCGGAAGGACUUCCGGCGGGAGGCGGAGCUUCUGACCAACCUGAAGCACGAACACAUCGUCACCUUCUACGGAGUGUGUGUGGAGAGUGACCCCAUCAUCAUGGUGUUUGAGUACAUGAAGCACGGAGACCUCAACAAGUUCCUCAGGGCUCAUGGUCCGGAUGCGGUGCUGGUGGGGGAGACCCAGGAGCAGUGUGAGUUGCCAGUGCAGAUGCUCAGCCAGGCCCAGAUGCUGCACAUCGCGCAGCAGAUCGCGGCCGGCAUGGUGUACCUGGCCUCCCAGCACUUUGUGCACCGCGACCUGGCCACACGCAACUGCCUGGUGGGAGAGAACCUGCUGGUCAAGAUCGGGGACUUCGGCAUGUCUAGAGACGUAUACAGCACUGACUACUAUCGCGUCGGUGGACACACCAUGUUGCCGAUUCGCUGGAUGCCACCAGAAAGCAUCAUGUACAGGAAGUUCACAACGGAGAGCGACGUGUGGAGCCUGGGCGUGGUGCUGUGGGAGAUCUUCACCUACGGCAAGCAGCCCUGGUAUCAGCUUUCCAACAAUGAGGUGAUCGAGUGCAUCACGCAGGGCCGGGUGCUGCAGAGGCCGCGCUGCUGUACUCAGGAGGUGUUUGAGCUGAUGCUGGGCUGCUGGCACCGAGAGCCCCACAUGCGCCUCAACAUCCGACAGAUCCACAGUCAGCUGCUCAGCCUGGCCAAGGCCUCACCUGUCUAUCUGGACGUCCUGGGCUAGGACACACAGAGUGUGUGAGUGUGAGUGUGAGCGUGAGCGUGAGUGUGAGUGUGAGUGUGUGUGUGUGUGUGUGCGUGUGUGUGUGUGUGUUUGUGCGCAUGUUAACUGGGACAGACAGCCCUAUAGGAGCUGACCAAACACUGUUCAUCAGAGUACCUAUUCUUGCCCACACAUUCUCUCUUCUCUCUCACUCCCUAAAAACACACACACACACACACACACACAAGCACACCCCAGGCAGAGAAUGUCACAUCAGACAUUGUUCAGAGGAUUAAUGUGUGUGUGUGUGUGUGCAGAGGUGAUGUAUAUUUCAUUAAGAGGCUAACGCCCCCCAUUAGCAGCUGUUCCCUGUAGAGAGACUGGGAGUCCCAGGGAGAGGAGUGGGAGGGCGGGAGCAGAAGACUGAGCAGGACGGAGAGGGUCAGGGGUCAGGAACGAAGUAGCCAAUGAGGGGGGUCUGCAAGGACAGCCCAUUUAAACUGACCUCCUAUACGAAGCAGAUCUAUCACUACACACAGGCUAACUAAUCUGUGUACAACACAGUAGCCCCCACACAUGCCGGCACAACUUUUCUUCUCUACAUAGCGCACAGCACAUUUUUACCCAUACAACAUCUGAAGUCUAUUACACAACUCUUUGUUAACGUCCUAACCAAGCUAGCCAAUUACACAACAGCCAUAGCUUGACUCCUCAUUUCACAUAGCCCAGCGGCUGGCUACCAUACAACAGGACGCAUCGCUAGCGAUGCUAGCUUCACAUUUCUCUCCACAUCAUUCUCAAUCGUCUCUGAUCUCAGACCAGUCCUUUAUGUGGGACUCAGAAGCUGCCGCCACAGAACUACUGAAUGUAUGACACAAAAUGGCUGAUGCUGGUGAUCGCCAUGGUGAUGAGGAGGACAAUGAAUGUUUGCUGUCAAUGUCUUGACAAUGUCUUUGUUAAUACAUCUUUCAAAUGCAUCAAUGAUUUCUCUUCAUUUUUUAUUUGUUUCAGUAUUUAGAAACGUAGUAUUACUGUAUCUCUUUGUUUUGGACAUAUUUAUUAAGUAUUUAUUCGGUAUGAUAUACUCAUUCGUGUUAAUUUUAAAUCAUUACAAAGGUGUAAACUAGACUAGAACAUGUAGACUAGAACCUGUAUCCUUAACCCAAGACACAAACCUCACUGUGUGUUCUGAUUUGAGAUCAGUAAGGAUGCUGUGGGUUCUGAUUUGAGAUCAGUAAGGAUGGUGUCUGUUCUGACUGGAGGCCAGCACAGUCGAUGUACAGGUCCCUCUGGUCAAGAUAUGGCUGCAUAUCUCAACAGUAUUAUCUGUAUGUGUGCUAAGAUCUCCACUCAAGGAGAUCAGGGAUAAGACUGUGAUGAUGAGCUGGCUUCCGGGGAGGAAUGUUACACAACGUUUUCUAGGGCUCAGACUGGCCUUGGGCUUCAGCUGAUACUCAGUAAACUGCUUCAUCAGUAAUUAUUAUCUGUAGAAACUGUCUCUGUUUGCUGAAAAUAUUUACACUGAGGGGCUUAGGUUUGUUUGUGUGUGCGUGUGUGUGUGUGUGCAUGUGUGUAUGUAUGUGUGUGUUCCAUGGAGCCAUCUUUGAUGGGAAUUUUGAAUAGCCUACAAGCACACAAAGCAUUCAAGACUUUCCUCCCCAACCCCUAACCCUUGAUUCCUAGCCCUGCCCUCCUCUCAUGUACAUAAUGUAUAAAUAAACCUGAUCUAGGGAUGACAGUGGAUCUGUUGUGAAGGCUGACAGGGGGGUGACAGCAGACUGAGCUGAAGGGAGAGACAGUGAACCAGAUUGAGGUUGGCGAUGGUGGACAUGCCUUGGGGGCAUUAAUGGACUUGGCUCAGGGGAGGCUCGGACAUGAUAGUGGGCUUACGGAAGGGCUGACCGUGGACUCACCCUGAGGAUGAUCUGCGAGCUGAUCUACACUGGACUUUUUAAGGACAUUCUGACCAGGGUGGAGAUGGGAUCAUGUGAUGUCCAAUAAACUUCUACUGCUCCACACAUCCACAAAGUUCCAACUGUCCUGACCAACUUAAGCCGGUGGUUUCAUAUGGACUUUGGUGAUGCAAAGCUCUGCCCUUGAUUGUAAUAGAGCAUGUUUUCAUUGCUGCGGAUGGACAGACAAUCAAACAUAUAACAUAACAGCUGAACUUAUUUAGAGUGCAUUCAGUCCAGUUCUUUAGUACAUGUUUGAGUAUACAAAACGGAGUGACAGCCAUUGCUGUUUAUUAUUUAACAGACACACAUGCACGCUGCAGUGAACCUGAAUUCUAUUUGAGACUGACUUUUCUUUGGUAUUAUUGUUAUUUCAGUGAAAGAAUUUCAGUUAUGUGUUAUUUCAGUGAAACACGCACGCACACGCACACACUUUCUCUCUCUCUCUCUCCCUCUUUCUCUGAUUCUCUCACACAUACCCAACAAAUACAGACCAAAUCAACAGACAUUUGAUUCUCAGUUUAUAUGGCACGGCCAACUGCAGUGUGCUUUCCACAGUUUUCCAGUAACUCACACAACCUCAGUGAAGGCAGAGCAGGGAUGGCUAUGGUAGUCAUCUGAUUCUACUGUGUGAUAGUGUGUGUCUGUGAUCAGAUCCUAUCGGAUGAGAAUGUGUUUAUGUGAUCCGAUCAGAUGUACUGUAGUAAUGCUGUAUUUAAUAAAAGCCUUCUGUUGUCCCUCA